AUGUUAUUACGCGCUCAUCGUACAUUUCCUAAUUUUAGGAAAUCGGUAUCACGAACAUUCGCACAAGCCUUACAAGCAGAGGAAAAUGAAUAUACAGAUACUCCAGUAUAUCCCCCUAUAUUAGACAUGAGUCUUCAAGGUAGAAAAUUACGAGAACGAGAAGCAUUGCAUCAAAAUAUACAAAAAAUAAAUACAGUAGAAGAAAAACAGAUUGCUUUAAAUAUGCCGAGAUAUUAUGGCUGGCAAUCUGUUGUGUUAAAUGAAAAUAAAAUACCGUAUAAUGCAAUGCCCUUAGUACAGUAUUAUACACGAACUCAUUUCAAACAGAUAGAAAAACUCCCUGAUUUAUAUACUGGUUUAUCUUCCAUGUCUGAUACUGUUGUGCAAGAAAUAAAGACUUAUAUUGAAGAUUCUAUUGCAAUAGAAAAGGAAGGAGUAGAGCGCAACAUAGAAACAUCUUUAGAUAAAUCUGAAGCAGAACAAAUUGAAAAUAAUCAUGCAAAAAAUAUUGUAAGACAAAUAAACAGGAUUAUAACAAAUAAUUUAACUGACAAAGUUCCUCAUAUUUUGACAUCACAGGUUGAUUUUGAUCCUCGUCAUGAAGCCUUUUGGUUUAUUGGUGGUGUUGAUGUGCCAUAUAAAGUAACUAAAUGGAGAAGGAAAUAUCCAUGGUUAAAAGAUAGGGUAAAUGAACCAAUUGACAGACCAGUUCAAUAUAUAGGUUCACCAUUACUAACUCUAAGAAACAAUUUGCCUUUAAAGCCAGUGAUACCAUAUAGUGAAUCAGAAAAUCCAGAAUUUAAGGUUCCUAAAUUUACAUAUAUUCCUGAAAGUAUUGGGUACUUCAGUGAGUUUAGACAUGGUACAAAUAUUCCAGGAUUUUGGCCUGGUGAGUAUGAUGAAUAUGGUCUACUCUCGUUUCAUGGCCGAGGUCAUAUCCUAGAUAGAAAAGAAUCUUUUGGUGAAGAAGACAACUUAGAAGCACUAAAUACUCAAGCUAUUAAAUCUAGUUUUGGGUGGUUGUUAGCGCAAGCUAAUUAUCAAGGGUUCACUACUUACAAUGAUCUCACUUAUCCUUUAAUAACUCAAACAGUUAUAACUAAUGGACAUUUAAUAUCUUUUUAUAUUUAUCAAUUAAACACUAUUGUUAUGCAUAACGAUGUAGUUGACAGCAAUCCAAAACACAAUAUAUGUUUCGGAACAAAGCCUAUGAAAUUAUAUGACACCAUUGAAAAUGGAAAGGUGAAAGGGUUAAAUGAAGAUGUUUUGAAAAUGCUGGUACAAUUUUAUUUAAAUGCCCCAGAAGAGAGAGAACAUGAAAUGAAACCAUACCUAGGCAAGGAAGAACAAGUAGUUGCAGAUAUAGAUGAUGAUAAUAAACGCUGUUGGUUGGAAUCAACAUAUAAACAUCUUGUUUCAAACCGCCCAAAACAUUUCUUGUUACCAGAACUCUAUUUGUGGGAGAAAAUAUACAAGAUACAAUUCAAAACUCGAUUCUUUGAAGCAAGGAGGAGACCAUUUGAAUGGGGAAUCAAUCCAUUCAAGAGGCGCUUGGAUGAACAUUUACCUCCUUAUAUACCUAAAGUUUUAAGGCCAUAUCCAAGAUCUAAAAAGAAGUUUGAAACAACUUACUAUCCAAAAGUU